AUGCCAUCAUUUGAAUGCAAGUCUAGAGCAGAGUUUGACUUCCAAAGACAAAGCAUGCAUGCAUCAACUAAUACAGUACGUUUAUUUUUCAGUUUAGGUUUAGAUGUUUUUUUAAGUUUCAAACAAGGAGAAGGGAAAUUAUCAUGUGAUUCGGUGAGAGGUUCCCCGAUAUUUUCAUUAAAAACGGUUUUUCUUUUAUUUUUUAUUUUAAACGUAACAAAUUCACAAUCUCCCGAAGUAACGUAUGUAACACAUCCAGAAAGUGAAUCGGGUUUAAAGAUCGUUCAAGCUGAUUCAUAUAUUACCAAUUCCGCUAUCUGUUUUCGUUUAGCUAAAAAAAGUCCAUAUUUCGAAGGAUGUAAUGAAGAAACAGUUUACUUAAGAUUACUAAAACAAGAUGGUAGCGUUAGGAACUUGGAUUUUACUGGUCUACCUCAAGAAAGUUUUUGUAGGGGUAGUCCUAAAUGUAAAAAGCACAAACCUUCGGAUUGUAAAUAUGGUGAUCCUGAUCCAAAAUGUGGAAAAAUGCCAAAUGAACCAGGUGGCGGAGGAAAAACUCCAAAUGCACCCGGAGGUGGUGGUGGUACGCCAAACGCACCAGGAGGUGGCGGUGGAGGAACUCCAAAUGCACCCGGAGGAGGUGGCGGUACGCCAAACGCACCAGGAGGGGGUGGAGGAACGCCAAAUACACCAGGAGGUGGUGGAGGAACGCCAAACACACCAGGAGGUGGUGGAGGAACGCCAAACACACCAGGAGGUGGUGGAGGAACGCCAAACACACCAGGAGGUGGAGGAACGCCAAACGCACCAGGAGGUGGUGGAGGAACGCCAAACGCACCAGGAGGUGGUGGAGGAACGCCAAACGCACCAGGCGGGGGUGGAGGAACGCCAAACGCACCCGGAGGUGGCGGUGGAGGAACGCCAAAUGCACCCGGAGGAGGUGGUGGUACGCCAAACGCACCCGGAGGUGGUGGAGGAACGCCAAAUGCUCCAGGAGGAGGUGGAGGUGGUACGCCAAACGCACCCGGAGGAGGUGAUGGUACCUCAAAAACCCCUACCGCUCCUGGUGAUGGAAAAACACCUGGAGGCGGAGGACCUGGAACACCAGUCGAUGAAACUGACGUGGUAUCAGAUAGUAUAGUAAUUUAUGCAAUAUCAGGAGAAUAUAUUCUUAUUACAUAUUCUUGUAACGGUUCGAUUUGUGGUAAAGUUGUAAAUUGGGAAGGUGAAACAACAGAUAGAAUUGUCAAGAGUAUGUAUGACGAUAAUGACAAUGGUGGAUUCUUAUAUGCCUGUUAUAAACAAGAAACGGAAACGAUCAUUUGGACAACCUAUACGGCACCAAAUAUCGAAAAUAAUAAGGUAUUAGAAAAGAACAGCGGAGUGAUAAGGAAUAUAACAAAAUUUUCCUCCAAUUUAACACAUAUAUUUGGAACCGAAGAUGGAGGGUAUUCGAUAGUAGUAGGAGAUUAUAAUAGUAAAUUGGAAGAAGCAUUUAUGCCGCCAUGGACUAUAUCAGUGUAUUUUAUACCAAUAGAUAGUAAUGAACAUAAGGGACCAUAUGAGCUUUAUUCACAAACAACAGAAACAGUUACGGCAUUAGAAAUAAAGAGAUGUAAUAUAGCAUAUCAAAUGUACGGUUAUAGUUGUAUAAUACAUUAUAUCACACCUGCAGGGAGAAAAUUCCUAGAUAUAGAUUUCGUAUCAUCAGGAGCUAUAUUGAAUACAUUUGAAUUUGUAGUGGAACAAAUACCUGCCGAUAGUGAGGUGAUUGAUAUCGAAACACUAUAUUAUGGUGGAUUUUGUAUUGUCGCUACUACACAAGAUAAUAAUAUACAAGGAUUCGCUUAUAGUAAUAAUGGUACUUUUGGUAAAAUUUGGGGAUUACCUACUACUAAUACUUAUAGUUCGGAAUUUGGUGUAAAAACCGAUAAUACCGUUUGGGCUAUUGCUGAUACGAAUCAAGCAUAUGAAUGGACUUGUGUUUUGUCAACCGCUCUUCAAUCAUACACAACAAUUGAAGGAAGAAAUGGACAAGGACCAUUUGGUGGACCAGGAGGAUAUGGUUCAUCAACGGUAGAAAGUACAGUACCAGAAAAAUAUGCAAAAGUAUCAACAAAUCUUAAAGAAGUCGCAAUCACAUACAAACCAACUAUUGAAUCAUCAACUGGAACCGUUUCAUUUUAUCAAACGAGUGAAAAUGGUGAUGACCCUAUACUUAAACAAAUAGUGCAAACAAAUGAUCCAAAUUAUGUUACAAUAAAUGGAAAUGAAAUGUUAGUUAAAGUAGCAAAUUUUACCUUUAAUAAAGGAAAUACUUCUUAUGAAAUUAUUGUUGAUAAUGCAGCUGUUAAAGCUAGUGGACAAAAUCUUGUUGGUAUUAGACAAGGUGCUUGGAUAGUUACUACGCUUUCAGAUAAUGUUGAAACAUCCGAAAAAAAUCUAGGUGACAAGAAAGCGACCGUUCUAUUGACAGCAAAAGGAACUGAAAAAUUUAUAAAAUCAAAUAAAGCUGAUAAAGAGAAAUAUGUUAAUGAUAUGUCUACUGAAAUUACAAAAGUGCUUGCAUGUGAUCCCGGUCGUAUUUCUAUACCAAGUGAUAGAUAUCAGUAUAAUCAAACCUUACCAGAUCAAAUCUUAUUGCGCGUAGAUAUUAAAGAAUCCAAAGCACCAAAUGAACUUAUACCGUAUAGUUUAAUAAAGGCUUUGAAUGACGCGAUUCUCUUAAAAAAUAUUUCGUCUAUAUCAAGAGAAGAACAUACAAACGAUUUAGAUUCCCUAUAUGGAGCCGAACAAACUCCUAAUUUAUGGAGGAAUUAUAGAUGGAUAUUAUUGGGAGUUGUAUUAGGAUUAUUGAUUUUAUCAAUAUUUUGGAUCUUUGCAAUGAGAAAGUACAAGAAAGGAAGGAAUUUCUUGGCAAUUUUCUUUUUCCCACUUGUUAUAAUAGAUUUCUUUUUGGAUAUUAUAGUAUUAGCAGAACACGGACGAGAUCGAAUUUGGUUCAAUAUCUGCUGUUACGUCUUUUUAAUAAUACCAUUAUUAUUUAAUUCGAUAAUUGCGUUAAUUAUUAUAAGUAAACAAUUAAAGGAAUCGUCCUCAUUUACAAAGUGGUGGAAAAGGUAUUCAAAAAGUGCAUUAGGUUUCACAUUCUUGUCAAGUAUAGAUUUGGAAGCAUUGAAUUUUGCAUCAUCAAAAUGUGGUGGCAAAGAAUUAUUAAAUGCGAGAUUCACGGAACCAGGAUUAAAAGAAAUUUCGAAAUAUGCUAUGAUUAUAGUAUUAAUUGAAGAUCUACCGCAACUAAUAAUUUAUUCAUUAUAUCAAAGAUAUACAGCCAAACCAGCAAUUAUACCUAUAUUGGCAUUGUCAUCAGCAUGCAUAGUACUCUUAUUUAAAAUAAUUUCGUCUAUUUAUUUAAUAUAUAUUUAUAAGCCUGAUAAACCUAUGACAAGUACAUUAGAAAAGGAUGAUGACUUAGGUAGCGAUACAAGUAGUUUGGAAGAAGGUGAAAAGGGCGGAUCAAGAAAUGAAGCGGCACCUAUAACUGAUACUACCACUGAUCGUCCAACUGGAGGAGUAACCGAGUUUGAUGAUGUUGGUAGAUCUGUUGAGCCUCAAUCAUCCGAAAUGAAUAUAGUGUCCUCAGAAAAAGAACAGGUCACGUCUCACAUUCCCACUAAUAGUAAAAAUGAUGAUAUUGAAGGUGUAGGAAAAAUGGCAGGAAUCGUAGGAGUUGCUAGUUAUCAUGACGUUGAUCAUGAUCAUAAAUCUCAAAACGGUGAUAUAGGAGAUUUUGGCAAAGCGAGUCGAGAACAAGAAGAACUAAAAAGUACUGCAGUAGGGGGCAGAACGGAAGAAAGUACUGCAACUAGCACUGUCACUCGUAUCAUAUCAGAAACUGGUGAAACCGAAACUAAGUACACCUUUGAAACCACAGAAUAUUCAACGAGUAGCGUUGGUGGUUUUGUAGUUCAUAGUAGGAGUGAAGGUGUUGGUGAACCUGAAUAUUUUUCUAUCGGUACCCACACCAAGUAUUUUACGGAAAAUGGUAGAAUUAAAAAGCACACUGAUGAUGGUGAAGGAGAUGAUACUUACACCGAAUAUUAUAUUGAAAAUGGGGAAAUUAACAAACAUACUCGUACCGAAUAUUAUUAUACAGAAGAUGGUAAAAUUAUAAAACGUACUGUUAAGGAUGGUGACGAAACUGAACAUUAUUCAAUUGGUACUCAUUCUGAAUAUUACACAAAAGAUGGUAAAAUUAAAAAUCGCACCGAUAAUAAGGAUGUUGGUGAAGGAGAUGAUACUUAUACCGAAUAUUAUAUUGAAAAUGGUGAAAUUAAAAAACGUGCUCUUACUGAAUAUUAUUAUACCGAAGAUGAUAAAAUUGCAAAACGUGUCGUCGGUAAGGAUAGUGUUGAAACUGAAUAUUAUACUAUCGCUCUUACCGAUUAUUAUACAGAAGACGGUAACAUUAAAAAACGCACUUACAGUACGGAUGAUGGCGAUAUUUACACCGAAUAUUAUAUUGAGGAUGGUGAAAUUAAAAAACGUACUCUUAUUGAAUAUUUUUAUACCGAAGGUGAUAAAAUGAAAAGACGUACCGUUAGUGAUGAAAUUUAUUCUAUUGGUACUCCUAAUGAAUAUUAUACAAAAGAUGAUGGUACAAUUAAAGAAUGUACACGUACUGAAUAUUAUUAUAUCGAAGAUGGUAAACUUAUAAAACGUACCAUUGUUAAGGAUGAUGAUGAAGGAGGUAGUACUCGUGCUAAAUACUAUGCUGAAGAUGGUAAGAUUAAAAAACGUAUCGUUGGCAAGGAUGAUGAUGAUAAUGAUACUUCAGCCGCUUCUUCUUUAG